AUGGCGUCAGCAUCCGCUACUGCUAAAGCCCGCAGCCAGAUGGGGCGUGGGAAGAAGGCCUCCCCAACAGGCAAGACCACCAAAAUCAAGUUCGUUAUCGAUUGCCAGAAGCCUGUUGACGACAACAUUCUUGAGGCCAAGGGCUUGGAGAGAUUCUUGCAGAGCCGCAUCAAGGUGGCGGGGAAGUUGAACAACUUGGGCGAGAAGGUGGAGGUUUCUCGGGAGAAGGCGAAGGUUUGCGUCACCGCAGAGCUGCCCUUCUCAAAGCGUUACCUCAAAUACCUGGUGAAGAAGUACCUGAAGAAGCAGAUGUUGCGAGACUUCCUGCGUGUGGUUGCGAACAACAAAACGUCUUACGAGUUGAGGUAUUUCCAAAUGCCUCAAGAGGACGAGGAGACAGCAUAG